ACAACUGUAUGUGGCUCACACAGUCACACAGAACUAACUUAACAAACCGUGGUCUGUUUGGUUACUACUUACAUACCCCAGUCUUCUACACUUCUCAGCAACCAAUAAAUAAAUAAAAAAUAAUAAUAAAACAAUAAGUCGAUCUCAGGAAGGAGGGAAUUGACGAAGAUAUGAAUAUCAGCAGAAGCAUUCUCAAUAUUAACGGCCACCGCUUUAUCUCAACUCAUCAUCAUCAUCAUCGCCCAAACAAGACCAUCUCCGGAAGAAGAUAUGGUGAAGUGCCAAUCACAAUGAUGAUGAUGAAGAACAAGUCAUCAUCUUCUUCUAAUAAUAAUAACGAUGUCGACGGUGUUUCGAAAAUUGAACAGAAUUUGAAAAUCGUUUCUUUAACCACAGCCAUCUCAGCUGCAAAUUUGGUUUCUAGUCAGAGUGCACAUGCAUUGAAUAUGGAAGAUAUCUUGGAAAGAACGGCUUCUUCUGUUUACACCUUAGCUGAUGGAGGUGUUGGAGAUUGGUUUGGAGGUCUCAUGUAUUCGGCUGGGCAGCAGGCAAAUGAAGCUGUUCAAAUUCAGCUAGGAGCUUUAAGUUUUACUAGUUUGGCAGUUAUAUUUGGUGCGGGCCUAGUGACCAGCCUUUCCCCUUGCACGUUGAGUGUUCUACCAUUGACACUUGGUUAUAUUGGAGCAUUUGGAUCUGGAAAGAGUAGAGCAGCGAUUGUAGGGGACUCUCUUGCGUUUGCAUUGGGUUUAGCCACUACGUUAGCACUACUUGGUAUAGCAGCCUCAUUUGCUGGAAAGGCAUACGGGCAGGUAGGGCAGGGUUUACCAUUGGCUGCUUCUGGUUUGGCGGUCAUUAUGGGAUUAAAUCUACUGGAGGUAAUAGAGCUACAACUGCCUUCAUUUUUGGACAACUUUGAUCCGCGUGCUGCUGCUGCUAAUUUUCCUUCAGGCAUUCAAGCAUAUUUGGCCGGUCUUACGUUCGCAUUAGCUGCAUCACCUUGCAGUACACCUGUGCUGGCCACACUACUUGGAUAUGUUGCAGCAUCCAAGGAUCCUAUAAUAGGUGGCAGCUUACUGUUGACUUACACCACUGGUUAUGUUGCUCCUUUGCUUCUUGCUGCUUCUUUUGCUGGAGCCUUGCAGAGUCUGCUUUCUUUCCGCAAGUUCUCAGCAUGGAUUAAUCCUAUGAGUGGCGCUCUCCUGCUAGGCGGGGGUGUUUAUACACUUUUGGACAAGACUUUCCCAUCUUCAUCGAUGGUGAUGUAGUUUAGUUAUCUUCAAAGUGAAGUUUGUAUAGAUACAACAGUCAACAAGAACAAAGAACAUGUUUAGUGGGUAUUAAUAUUACUUUAAGUUGCAACAUUGAGAUACGAGAAUACCCUCUUAAUAUCUGAUGAAUCUUACAGAUGUA